AUGGAGAGGCCCACAUCGUUGUCUACAGCGAGAGUUGUGCUUGUCGUUGGUCGCUAUCCACAAGCAUUAUACGACCAGUACCUCGAUCUCAGCCACAUCAACGCGACCGAGGUCAAACUCGGACACGGCAUAGGACGGAUAGCGUGGCUGGAACGUGAUGUUCACGGCAAGCUAAGCCGCAUCGUCCUCUACAUCAACCACCCGGAGUGCUUCAAGAGGUAUCGAGCCCACGUUACCACGAAGGCCCAACAUCGGCAAGCCCUCCGAGAGCGCCUUGUGGACCUGACAAUGGUCUACUUCAGGCGGCCGGUCUCUCUCCCGGCCUUUCUAUCUACCACGCAGACAUGGCACCAGCACUCGACUGGACAGCUCGUUCCGCUGCGCGUGUUCGCCGACUUCCUUGACGGUGAUGGCGAUGAGACAGAGCUGAGGACAGCGCUGACGUGGCCACGAACUCCAUCUGGCUUCGAGUGCCUCCGCGACUGGCUUCAAGGUCGGUCAUUUACCGUUGCAGAGAUCUCGAAGAUCGCGCUCAUCUACAAGGUGCACACCGUCGCCGGUGAGGACUGCCGGACAUUCUUUCAGAGCGCCGAGAUGAUCGCGCGCUAUGGGCCAAGGGCAGCCACGUUCGAGAAGGCGAUGGAGCGUAUGUGGGACAACACCGCGCUGAUCGAAGAAGACGACGACGAGGAAGAAGAGGGACCUACAAGGAAGAGGACCAAAGUGACCGGACUGAAGGCUGGGCUGUCAAAGGAAAGGUACGAUCGCCAGACCUACAAAAUGAACCAAGCAAAGAUCGCCGCUGGUGACAAAAUCGCCGCGGAGAAGUUCGACAAGAAGCGCAAGAGCAUCACGCAAACCAACAAAACCAUACAGGCGAAGGUCGCUGCCAUGGAUGGGAAGAUACCAUUCAACGAUGCGCUUGACAAGAGCAAGAUGUCGACUACGAAGAAGGCACCGAGCAAGUCCCUAGAGUCAGGGCGCCGGUCGAGAGCCCUCCGCGAUCUGAAGAUCGCACAAGGUGACCCUAAGGCUAUCGAGAGCAAGAGAAAGCAGAGGGAGAACCAGGCCAAGUGGAGGCAGUCCCAGAGAGAAAAGGUCAAGGCCUUUGACUUGAAGCAGGCUGAGAAUGAGAAGAAAGUGGAGGACGAGCAGAACUAG